AUGAAAACCGUGGAGGAAGUUGCUGCAAAACUACAGGAUGCAAAGUUAUUUACAAAACUGGAUGCGUCACAAGGUUUCUUUCACAUCAAGUUGGCCGAAGAAACCAGUGAAGUAUUUCAGAAAGAAACCAGUCAGAUCUUUGAGAAUGUAUCUGGUAGUGAAGUGAUAAUUGACGACAUACUCAUCUGGGGAAAGGAUGAAGAUGAGCUCAACACGCGUUUAGAAACUGUUCUACAAAAAGCAGAAGAUGUUGAUCUACGAUUCAACAGUGAGAAAUUUCCGGGAAAAGAGCUUUACAUCGCGGACGCGUUAAGUCAUGCACCGUUACAAGAUUCACCAAAAGCCGAGGAAUUCGAAAAACACGGAUUAGCGAGCAUAUCAGCUGGUAAAACCGACGAUCCGAUAUUGUCGAAAGUGAAACAACACGUGCAAUACAGAUGGCCGGACAACAGGAGUGAGAUUCCAAAUGAUCUUGAUGUAUAUUGGAACAUUCGCGACGAGCUCAAUUUGUGUGAUGGUCUUCUCAUGAAGGGAGAUAGAAUUAUAACACUCCUGUCACUACAAAAUGAAAUGUUAGAGAAGGUCCAUGCUAGCCAUCUUGGAAUUGUGAAAUGUCUUGAGCUAGCAAAAUCAAGCUUAUUCUGGGUCGGAAUGUCAAAAGACAUAAAGAGCAAAGUGGAAAAUUGUCCGAUAUGUCAAAAACACCGAAUUUAUCAGCAGAAGGAACCGAUCAUUCAGGAGGAAAUUCCAAAUAGGCCGUGGCAAAAGUUAGCAAGUGAUAUAUUCUAUAUGGGUAGUGAGAAAUAUAUGAUUCUAGCUGAUUACUCUUCCAAAUAUUUUGAAAUAUCAAAUAUUCCGAAUGUGACAAGUUCAACUGUGAUUCAGCACAUGAAAUCGCAUUUCGCCCGUCAUGGUAUUCCAGAAGUUUUGAGAACGGAUAACAGUCCCGAAUACGCGUCGGCUGAAUUUCAAGUGUUCAUGAAUGAAUACAGCAUCAGACAUGUAACAUCUUCACCUAAAUACCCACACAGCAACGGUUUUGCGGAAAGGACCGUACAAACGGCAAAAAAGCUGCUGAAAAAAGCAAAGGAGGACAACCGCGAUCCAGAAAAUUGCAUUGUUAGAGCUGCGAAUCACACCAAUUCACGGUGUGGAUCUAUCACCAGUAGAAAUGUUAAUGGGACGCAAAACGAGAUCAUUCAUUCCCAUUAA